AUGUCGAAAGCAUAUAAUUUCGAUUGGCACAUUGAAGUAUCACCUCGCCUACUUAAAGGCGAUAUUUUUGAUCGUUGGGAUGAAGAAAAUGGAACAUUAGAACAAAAUUGUUUAUUUCGUGUGGAUAGUUAUGGAUUUUUUAUUUAUUGGCAAAGCGAAGGACGUGAUGGACAAGUUAUUGAAUUAUCACAAGUUAGUGAUAUACGACCAGGAAAAGCUCCAACUGAUCAAAGAAUUGGUGCUGAUCUUAUGGCUAGUGCACUUAUGUAUGGUCGAGGUAAUAUUGAUGAACGAACAGUAACUAUUUGUAGUGGUAUUGAUUUUGUACAAAUAAUUCAUACAAAUAUAACCGGUGUCGAUCCAGCUACAGCAAAAGAAUGGGUUGAAGGUUUAAGAAAAAUAACGCAUAAUCAUAAAGCAAAUAAUAUAUGUCCUACAACAAUCUUACGAAAACAUUGGAUGAAAUUAUCAUUUAUGUUAAAUGAUAAAAAAAGAAUUCCUGUUCGAAGUAUUAGUAAAACGUUUGCAUCUGGUAAAACAGAAAAGCGUAUAUUUGAAAUUUUAAAAGAACUUGGUUUACCAAGUGGAAAAAAUGAUGAAAUUGAUCCAGUUGAUUUUACAUUUGAAAAAUUUUGUGAUCUCUAUCAUAAAAUUUGUCCACGUACUGAUAUAGCUGCAUUAUUUGAUGAAUUAUCAGAUGGAAAAGAUUAUAUAACAACAAAACAAUUUGUUGAUUGGCUUAAUGAAACACAACGUGAUCCACGUUUAAAUGAAAUACUUUUUCCAUUUUAUGAUACAAAUAGUGCAUUACGUAUUAUUGAUCGAUAUGAAUUACGUGCUAAUUAUAGAGAUCGUGGUCAUUUAUCAUGUGAUGGUUUAACAAGAUAUUUAAUGUCCGAUGAAAAUGCACCAGUUUUUCUUGAUCGAUUAGAAGUUUAUCAUGAUAUGGAUCAACCUUUAUGUCAUUAUUUAAUAAAUUCAUCACAUAAUACAUAUUUACAAGGACGACAAUUUGGUGGUCGAUCAUCAGUUGAAAUGUAUAGACAAGUAUUAUUAGCUGGAUGUCGUUGUAUUGAAUUAGAUUGUUGGGAUGGUAAAAAUGAUUCUGAACCAAUAAUAACACAUGGUAAAGCAAUGUGUUCAGAUAUUAAUUUUAAAGAAGUUAUUAUUGCUAUACGAGAUACAGCAUUUGUAACAAGUGAUUAUCCAGUUAUACUAUCAUUUGAAAAUCAUUGUUCAAGACAACAACAAUUUAAAUUAGCACAAUAUUGUGAAGAAAUACUUGGUGACUAUUUAUUAACAAAGCCAUUAGAUACUUAUCCACUUGAACCUGGUGUGCCUUUACCAGCGCCAAAUUUAUUAAAACGAAAAAUUCUUAUUAAAAAUAAAAGAUUAAAACCAGAAGUUGAAAAACAUCAACUUGAUUUAUUUCUCGAAGGUUUCGAUACGGAAAUAAACAAUGAAAAUGAUUUAGAUUCAGCAGCUAAUGUUGAAGGUGAAGAUGGUCCACCUGUAUAUGUUGAUAAUAUGAAAUUACGUGAUGAUGAUGAUGAAGCUCAUCCUGAAUUAAAUGUUGAUAUCAAUGAUGAUACUAAUCGACGUACACUACUUAGUCAAAUAAUGAAACUUAAAGGAUCAGCAAAUUUAUCACGUGAAGAAGAAGAAGCAUUUUAUAAUGGUUAUCAACAUAAAGGUGCAACAACAAAUAUUCAUCCAUUAUUAUCAUCACGUGUUAAUUAUACACAACCAAUAAAAUUUCCUGGUUUUGCUAAAGCUGAAGAACGUAAUAUACAUUAUCAUAUGUCAUCAUUUUCAGAAAAUGUUGCUUUAAAUCAUUUAAAACAAAAUCCAAUUGAAUUUGUUAAUUAUAAUAAACGACAAUUAUCUCGAGUAUAUCCAAAAGGUGGACGUGUUGAUUCAUCAAAUUAUAUGCCACAAAUUUUUUGGAAUGCUGGUUGUCAAAUGGUUUCAUUAAAUUUUCAAACACCUGAUCUUCCAAUGCAAUUAAAUUUAGGAAAAUUUGAAUAUAAUGGAAAUUGUGGGUAA